AUGCCGCACUCCAAGACACGGAGACACACCGACAAAGGUGAUAAAAUGAAUUUUUUCGCCCAAAAAAGACCACCAGCCUUGCAACACACUGACCCAGGCCUUCAAGAUGGCGCUGGGUAUUCCGGUGGGAGUAGCCCCCGCUCAGAUCUAGACACACAGACAGAAGUGGGGCUUACAGCCUCGCUCCUACAGGCAGCCCUGGACAAACAAUCCACUAAACUGAUAGCCACCUGGCAGGAAAGUGUGGCCGAGAUCAAACGAGACCUACAUGAUCUAGGGUCACGAACGGGGCACGUGGAAACAAAGGUGGAUAACAUUGUGGAUGCCCACAACCAGGCCGUAGACAGAAUCCAAGCCCUGGAAACCCAACUCGCCAAAUAUGAGGUGAAGCUCAUGCCCCUCGAGGACAGAUCACGCCGGAGCAACCAGAGACUCUGCGGCAUUCCUGAGGAGGUGCUGGAAGCAGACCUACCUGCCUUUGUCAAUGGCUUCUUCAAGGCCUUACUACCGGACAUCCCAGUGGACAUUUUACUGCUGGACUGUCUACAUAGGGUCCCAAAGCCCAAACACAUCACUGCUUCAUUACCUAGGGACACUCUACUCAAGGCUCAUUAUUUUCAUGUGAAGGAGCUGAUCCUCCGCAGUAGCCGCACAGCAAAGGACUUACCACCAGAAUUCUCCAAAGUGCGAGAUUUCGCGGACAUCUCGGCUGCCACACUGCGACACAGGAAGACAUUCCAAAAAGUCACUGAGGUCCUCAGAGAGCACCGUAUAACUUAUCGUUGGGGAUUCCCCAUCCGCCUGCUCGUCAUGCACAAUGGCGCCACCACAGUGCUCCUGUCGGUAGAAGAGGGGUUUCACCUACUGCAACGGUGGAAUUUGUGCCCAGCUGAGAGCACAGCAGACACACCAUCUCCAAAACGCCUUGAAAGGGACUGGUCCCAAGCUUGA